GAAGUGCGACAUGAAGCUGAAGAACCUUUCCAUAAGGUUGGGGUCCACGCUUGAAGAGGGAGAUGGAGUAACCAUCUCUGGUACUCUUCCCGUUGUUUCUUGAGUAGUCCCGGUCUCUGUCUGCAGUCCUGAGGUGUGCAGACCAGAGUUGCCGUGUUGAGUUUCUUGGCCGCUGGGUACAGGAAGUCUUUUUUGACCACUGAACCCUCUGAAGCCACAGACUCGGAUCCAUGCGCUGCAGUGCAGAGAGUAGAUUCUGCUCCUAGCAGUUUUUAGCAGAGAGCAAGGUCAUGCAAUUUCAAGCUUUGGAAUACCAACUACCACUCCGGGCAGGUUUGCCGUGGUUCCUUUCCAUAAGAUUAGUAUCUGCAGUACAGCGACAGCUUACUGAUCUCAUUGCAUUGCCUUACUGCUGUGACAGCAGUCAUUUGACUACGGGUUCCGUAGUCGCAUUGUCUCUUAGUCCUCCAGCCAUCUCGUUCUGAGAAAGAGUUAUUUCUGCAUCGGCAAUAUUCAGGGUCCUGCUCACUCAAAGCUUGAAACGUAGCAGCUGCAGUGCGGAAGCUUCAAACACGGACAAGGUAGAAAGAAGGUGCACUGCGUUUACAUCCCCGCUACAGGAUGGACGGUUCCCAAUACAAGAACCUGCUGGUAACGCAAUUAGGAGCCGUGGUAACCGUAAUCAUCAAUCGUCGUCGAAACCUCAACGCCAUCAACAACGCCACGUACCUCGAGCUCGCACGCGCUCUAACCGAGGCAGACACCAAUGACACUGUAUCGAUUGUGCUUAUAACGGGAUCCGGCGAGUACUUCUGCAGCGGCACCGACAUGCUCGAGUUCAUGCAGACCGUCGAGAGACUGGAGGCCCUGAAACGAUCGCAGGGAUCAACAGGAGCCGUCGGAUCAUCAGGCCAGUCAGCACUCGGCUCAAAUCCAGCCGUCCGAUCAACAGGACAGGCCAGUUCGUCCGUCGAUCUUCCCCACGAUUUCGACCCAUUCGCCAGUCCGGUCGGCCAGUUCAUGCGGGGAGUCCUCCGAUUCUCCAAGAUCCUGGUCGCGGCGGUCAACGGCCCGGCGAUCGGCAUCGGCGUGACGCUCCUUCCCCACUGCGACCUCGUCUUCGCCGCGGAUUCCGCCACCUUCUGGGUCCCUUUUCUCCGGAUUGCUCUCGUACCGGAAUUCGGGUCCUCCGUGACUCUCCCGCAGCUGCUGGGCCGAGCGCUGGCCAACGACCUUCUGCUGACGUCACGGGUGUUGAGUGCUGAUGAGGCGUGCAGAAACGGGCUUGUCUCGCGGGUUUUCCCGGAUGAGAUCCUUCAGAGUGAAGUGCUCGCGAUUCUCUCCGACAUUCAACAGGAAGCUCUUUUCCAAAAGUCCCUCCCUCUUUUCAAGCGCAUGCUGCGCCAGCCACUGGGUGACUCAGCUCCACGUCAGCCUGACAUGGAGGCGGUGGUGGGGGAGGAGCUGAGGCAGGUGGCUCGGAGGCAGAUGGCGGGAGAGACAGGGUAUGCUGUGAGGGUCACCAUGAAGGCUAUGAAGGCUAUGAAGGCUGCGAAGGGGGGAAGCAAAGCAGGGACGGAGAAAAGCCGAAGCAGGCUGUAGGGGUGUGGUGCAGAAGGGAAUGGGCAGGAGAGACGGGGUACGCUGUGAGGUUCACCAUGAAGGCCAUGCAGGCGGCAAAGAGGGGAAGCAGAGCAGGGAACGGGGGGACCUCUGGGUCUCGAAACAAAUUGUAGGGAUUUGUGCCAGCAGGUGGCGGGAGAAACAGGGUAUGCUGUGAGGGUCACUAUAGGGCCAUGCAGCCGGCAAAGGGGGAGGGGAAAGGCUGGAGCAGAGAAGGGAACGGGGGGACAGGACAGGUGGGUCUCGAAGCAAACUGAAGGGGUUUGUAGCGGAGGCUGAUGGGGGGGAGAGACGGGGUAUGCUUUGAGGCUGGCCGUGAAGACCGUGCAGGCGGCAAAGGGAGGAAGCAGAGAAGGGACGGAGAAUAUUCGAAUCAGGCUGUAGGGGUGCGGUGCAGAUGGGAUUGGGCAGGAGAGACACGGUAUGCUGUGAGGCAUUACCAUGAAGGCCAUGCAGGCUGCAAAGGGAGAUGGGGGGUAAGUGCAGGGUGGGAAUGGUGGGACAGCAGGGCUUCAAAGCAGACUGUAGGGGAGUGCUGCAGAGGGAAUGGGCUGAAGAUACAGGGCAUGCCGUGAAGCGAUUAUGAAGGCUAUGUAGGCUGCAAAAGGGAAGGGGGAAGGGGGGAGCAGGGCAGGGAAUGGUGGGACAGCAGGGCCUCGAAGCAGGCCGUAGGGGCAUGCCUUGCCGUGAGGCGACUAUGAAGGCUAUGCAGGCUGCUAACGGGGACGCACAGCUGGGAGAGGUGGGACAGCAGGGCCUCGAAGCAGACUGUAGGGGUGUGGAGCAGUGGCAGCUAGUGGGGGAGACAGGGUAAGCUGUGAGGCUGACAAUGAAGGCCAUGCAAGCCGCAAAGAGCAGAGCAGGGAACGGUGGACAGCUGGUUCUUUAAGCAAACUAUAGGGGUGCGAGGCGGGAGAGGAAGGAUGUGCUAUCCGGCUGACUAUGAAGGCCAUGCAGGCUGUUACCAGUGGAAGCGAAGCAGGAACCAGAGAAGGGCUGAAGCACCCUGUAGGGGUGUGGUGGGCAGGGCUUACGCUAGGUCCUAGGGAGUUUCGGAGGGUCCCGAGAUGGGGUCCAGAAGUACCCAGAAUUUCACCCAGAAUCCUUCCGAGUUCUCGACAUACUAACCCUGCCAAAGGUCGUGUCAGUCAUCUCCCCUGAUGUGUGCAGAGAACAUGACUAGGCUGAUUGCCUUAAACCCCGAGUUCAGAAUGGUUUGCCUUCAAGUUCAGGAUUCCUGGACUUGUUUUCGUGGAAAAAAGGGUAACCCGGUUUAGCACACACAAAUCUCGUGACGCUCAGGGGU